GUGGAUUGCUGCAGAUUGGAACCUCACGCCGAAGUUUCUGGGUGGCAGCUCUUCCUUGAAAUAGGCGGCGAGAUCGUGCUCCCUGAUGUCCAGGUCACCUGUGGCAAAAGUGCGGGCUCGCUGAUUGACUACGCGGUUGCGGCCAAGUCGGUCGCAAAACUCAUCAUGGUCAAGGGUGUCCUUGGGGUACCGUGGAAGGUCCACUGCGGCCUCCGAGUCAAGAAAGAGGGCUCGUCGACGGCGUGGUGGCGUCGAGCGUUGGUCUUACCUCGGCCUCACCCUGCGCUUGCUCGACCACCCACUGCCCGAGACCCUCUGAGCAAGUGCUACCCGCGUAAGCAGGCGGCGCUCCAGAGGCGCAGGGCGGCGCUCCCACUGGACCACCAGGAGGCCUUCGCAGACCUCUAUAGCGUGGAGGCGGCGCUGGAGCCACCUGGCGACGAACUUGCGAUCACCGCCGAGCGCUGGACCGGCAGCUGCCCGAGCGUGGAGGAGCCCUGCGCCUCCACAGCGGAGAUGCGCAUGAUCUUCGGCACGCCGAUCGUGGGCUGGGCCCAUGAGGGGAACGACGGCCUCACCCAAACCUACGGCAGCUGGGUCGACCAGGUCGAGCAGGUCGCCCUCGACCACAUCAUCGUGCUCUACGAGGGCAUUGAAUGCCUCACUAGCGACCAGUUAGCGCAGGGCCUCACGCAGAUGGAUGCCAUUGUGGAAUUUACGCCCACCUAUGUUGCUGCCAAUGCGGUCGCCGACCCAAUCGCCAUCAUGGCUGCGAAGGCUGAGCGCUGGGGCAAGAUCUGGACCGACGCGGUGGACACCCCUGCGAGCACCGUGACCAGCCCCGCUCGCAUCCGCCUGAGGGCAGCCGAGGAGGUGAUCCCUCCACUGCAGACCGAGCAGCUCCAGGCGGCCAUGCGUGCCACGGGCCACAAGAAGGCUCGUGGAGCUGACGGUCUCGGUGCGGGCGGCCUUGCCCGCCUGCCUUUCCAAGCAUGGCCCCGCUGUCAGUCAAGCUGCGGCCGCGGGCUCGCCAGGCUCUCGCGUCGCAGUGGGGGCCCGAGCGUGGCCCUGGACGAGGCGGCGCAGGGGCAGAACCUGAGCUUCCUGGUCCUGCUCCUGGAUAUUGAGAAAUUCUACGACAGCGUCUCAUUGGUCGGCCUCCUCCAGGUUGGCCUGGACUUCGGCUUCAGCCCCACCGUCGUGGGCUCGGAGGUUCAGGUGUACUUGUAUCCCCGCUACCUGCGGGAACGGGGCUUGCUCAGCGAGGCGAUCUUCCCAACUCGCAGUAUUGUGGCUGGCUCAUCUCAGGGAACUCCCUUCUCCAAGCUGGCGCUCUGCCAAAUUUUGGAGCGAGUGCACCAGGGGCCCCCAUCUGCUGGCCUGUGGGCAUUCAUUGGCGACACCGUCGGUCGCUGCGACGGGGCGGCCGACUCGGCCCUACCUGGCACGGGCGCGAUUGGCACGACGCUGACCCAGGGCUCGCAGGAACAGCGGCUGGUUGUCUCCACCAAGUCAGUCCUCCUUGGCUCGUCGGCGAAGCUGGCCAAGAAGUCGGCCCGGCGCCCUUCGUGCGCGAGGCGUCCCUGUCAAG